AUGACGGUGACCGAUCACCUGAAAGAAAUUGACCAUGUCCUGCACCAACUGACCGCCGCCGGCGCCAAGACUGCCAUCCACAAAGGACAAUGGUGCAAAAGACUCAGACUUGGCUUCACAUGCCAUCUUCCAGGCUGGAAGCAAAAUGGUUUCAAGACAGCAAACAACAAACCAGUUAAACACCAACACCUGUUCCAGGCAUGCGACGACAUCACAUGUGAACAUGAUAUGAUCGUCUACUGGAAGAAAGUGAAAGGACACUCAAAGCAACCUGGUCCAGACAAGGACCUCAACGACCAAAUGGAUGCCCUAGCUAAAGCAGGUGCACUACACG